AGUUCUGUCAGCAUCACAUGUACAGCAUGUUCACGCAAUUUGUUGUCGCAAACGCUUACCCUCGUUCCUUCCUCCCGCUUCUUGCUUCACUUUCUCAAAGGCACCAGUUCAUCGCGUAUAUGGUUCUAAGAAUAUAGAACUAGCUCGUUAAAAUGGACCGGACCGUCCUCCUUUAUGCGUUCACUGCUCUGGCUAUCUCGAUACCCUGUCUCUAUCUAGCUCUCAUCUUGCUUUCGCCUCCCCCAAUAAUAACUCGCCCUUCAGAAAGGACAUACCGCUCACGAAAAUCCCUCAAAGCCCCCCUCAGCCUUCCAUCACUCCGCGAUGCAGCAUCUAUCGAUCUCAGCGUCAUAAUUCCUGCAUACAACGAGACAUCCCGUCUCCCAUCCAUGCUCGAAACAACGCUUAAUCACCUCAACUCCGCCCACAUCCAUCAGACACGCACCUACGAGCUCGUUAUCGUCGACGACGGUUCAAAAGAUGACACGUCAGCACUCGCGCUAAAAUUGGCACAGCAGCACCUCAAAAGUGAUAUUCGCGUCGUCACGCUUGAGAAGAACCUUGGCAAGGGCGGUGCGGUGCGCCAUGGGAUGCUACAUGCACGGGGACACAGGUUGUUGAUGGUGGAUGCGGACGGUGCAAGCCGCUUUGAGGAUUUGGAGCUGCUGUGGAAGAAGAUGGAUGAGCUUGCACCGAAGAACGAGGCGGCGGUGGUUAUCGGCAGUCGAGCGCAUCUCGUCAAAACUGAAGCUGUGGUCAAGCGGUCCGUGCUUCGCAACAUCCUUAUGUAUGGCUUGCACACUAUCCUACGGAUAGUCGGUGUUGGGCACAUCCGUGACACACAGUGCGGAUUCAAACUCUUCUCGCGCCGCGCCGCACAACGAAUUUUCCCUGCUCAACAUCUCGCCACCUGGAUAUUCGACGUUGAGCUCCUCCUGCUUGCUAAGCAGCUGGGUAUACCUGUUGCAGAAGUCCCUGUAGAAUGGCAUGAGGUGGCGGGGAGCAAACUGAAUGUUGUCAAAGACUCGCUACAGAUGCUCAGGGACCUGCUCGUUCUCCGCGCCAACCAGCUCACCGGACGAUGGAAGGUUUCCCCGUCAUAAUAUACCAUGGCCCAGCCAGUCGCGGAAAAUUAGAUUUUAUCUAUACGCACCGUGAAUGUGUUCUCACUGGCGAUGCAAAGACAAGGAAUAUGUUGUGUUCGAAAGGUAGCAAGACGUGACUGCCGUGAGCAGUAAUGUAAGCGUACUCUGGAGGACAAGCUGGAAUAUUAGAAGAGGCAGGAGAUGAUUAGAAUGGCUAAUACUUAGGGGUCGGGGCGCCAGUCAAGUGGAGAGGGUGGUUACCCCUAAUCAAACUCGCAGAUCUAUUCCCAACCAUGCACCGAAACGAGAGUGAAAUUUACAUAAGGCCUCGGCUACCCUUUGUGGUGUCCAGAAUUGAACGUCAAUCUCUA